ACUUUAGUUCUUUGCGAGUGGCCAACGUGUUCGGUUCGCUGCGUGGCCAAGAAUCAUCACAAAGCAGUUUUUGAGUUUCGACUUCGAGCAACGAAAAGAAAACGGAAAAGUGACAGCUGAAAGUGGAAAAAAACAACAACAAUCCCGUCGAGAACAUCUAUCUCUUUUCAACUCUCAGUGUUAUCGUGUGUGUGUGUGCGUGUUUUAGCCGGGUUUCGGACCAAGUUUUUUGUUGUUUAUCGCAAAACAAGAAGCAUCUCGGGCUAAUCAAUCACUCAUUCAAUAUGGCAAUUUCUGAGAUACAUGCAGCGGGCAGCUGCAAAGCUGUUCCACCAAGCAGCAGAUGCUACUUGCAACGCACUGGCAACAGGAACAGAAACUGGCCACAAUCUUCCCCUCUGACUUUGGGAUCAACGCAUGCGUCGCUGCCGCUCUUCUUCAUGCUGCUGCUGGCAGCGAUGUUGACUUCGUGCUUGGCACUGCCUUCCGAGACAACAACCAUCUUGCCAAGCGCUGAUAUUGAGUUAGCCACCACAGUAAUUCCACCACAACAACCACUGAAUGAAGCCAAUUCCCCACUAUCAUCGACACCAUCAACUGUUGCCGCCGCUGUCAACGAAUCAAUUGUGAAGAUCGAACCGUUGAAAACAAGUGCUGCCGAAGUUGCGGACGAAUUUGUUCGUACCAGUUUUGUAUCUUUGGGUGGCGAGGGACUUGAGCAGGGCAUACGCAAUGCGGUGAAAUCCGAGGUUGAAUUGGAAAUCGAAGCGGAUUCGUCGGCUGCCGCUGCCGUCGAGCCACAGCAGGCGGAAGAACAAGCUGACAAGGAGCAGAACACAACAGACACUCAUGUUGAGCAUACAGAUGCAGCUCAAGGUGUGCGAGAGCCGAAAACAUUGGAUGCGGAGGCUGAGACAAAUGCAGAGCCACAAACAGAGGGCGAGAAGGCAACCCACGUCGUUGAGGACAGCGAUAAAUUGUCUCCUGUCGCAGAGGCAGAGGCAGAGGAAAAGGCAGAUGCAGAGGCAGAGGAGCAUACUGAAAAGACAGUUGAAGAAAUUGCCAAUAACAACAACGAUAAAUCGACUUUGGAAUCGGUCACCGAAGAAAAAGCUGACGCAGUUGCAGAAUCCCAAUCAGAACCAGAGCCAGUUACUGACAAGACCGUUGAGCAAGUGGAACCGGAGCAACCGAACAGACCUUUGCCAAGUGUAACCAGCGAUCUCGUUUCUGUCAUCUUCGAUGAGAACCGUGCGAUUACCGAGCAACCCAUAACGAACAGCAAUCGCGAAGCUUUGGAGCAGGAGCAUGACAAGGUACUUUUGGCCGAGCAGAAACCAGAGCCAACAUUCGAAGUGACCAAGCAUCAGGUGACAAAGAAGCAAGGUGUGGAAGAUUUGCUGCCCAUUGAGGUGCCCAAUGAGGCUGAGGAAAAGCAAGAGGAACCAGAGGCUGUUGCUGCUGCUGAGCCAGAGAAAGAGCCAGAGACUUUACAAGCAGUUGAAAACACACUAAAAGCAACAACGGAAAAUGCAGUGCAAGUCAAUGAAAUCGAAGAGAACAUCAUUGAUAGCGAUGCAAAUGAUAAGGAAGUACAACAAAUUGCUUCAAGCAGCGCACAGCCAGAGCAUGUUGAGUCUACAGAGCCAACAGUGAGUGUUGCUGCGCCUGUGGAGGAAGUUGCUGUAGAGGCGAAUAAACCAGUUGAUGUCGCCUCAGUAGAAUCGUCGGAAGAAUCGUUGACGCCCACUGAAGCCAGCAUUGGUCAGGCAGAGAAUGCAGAAGCUGCUGUGGCUGAAGCUGAGAGUGAAGCUGAAAAGAAACCCGAACCUGAAGCUAAGCCUGCGGAAUCAAUUGUGGUUGUGGGCGAGUCCAGCUCAACAGCUUCCCCCGUUGAGUCCGAAGCUGUUGAAGUGGAUAAGGAAUCUGAGGCUGAUAGCGAUGAAUCUGAACAGAAAACUGAUCAACCUGCAGCUGCUUCGGCUGAAAAGGACUCCUCGGAGGAAUCUGAUGAACUGUCAGCAGAUGAACCAAAGGCCAGAGCAGAGGACAGCACUGCCACACCUCUCGUCUCUUAUCCACCACACAAUGCUGGUCAAACUUUCGAUAGCAACCUGGCUGAUGAACGCAGCGCUUAUCUCUCGUUGUCGUCUUCUAAUCGAUCCACGCUGAUUAUUGCUCUGUGCUCUGGAACCGCUGUUAUAUUCAUUGUCAUCUCUUUGGUCAUUUUCGUAUUGUCUUUCCAACGUCAACACGGCACUCUGGAUAUUGAAAUGCAAGAGCAGCGUCUGGGUAAGGAUACUCUCGAUGAGGAGGAUGCACAGAUGAAGUUGCUUGAUGUGGAUCUUUCGACUCCCGUGAUUAUUGCCAUGGGCAACGAGGAGACCGACGAAUGUCUCUAGACACUUUACUCAGACUGCUUUCAAUGCAUUGUACAUAUUUAUUAACUUUGAGAUUGCAUUUUUAUUAAGUGAAGCAGCAUUCAAGGGACUUUCAGCUAGCUCCUCCAACUGGUUGUUACAAUUUCCGGCUCCAAAUUUGCUGACUGACAUAAAGCUAUUCUGUCAACAAGCUGCGAAAUAAUCAAGAACAACAAAAAACACAUACGAGAAAUACAAAAAAAUCAUUUGCCAUAUUGUUUAAUUAUAGCUGCACUC